GGCUUGAGCGACCGCGAAUUUUUUUCCCCUCCGGGACUAUGCUAGGAACUCGGUUCCUUUUUUUUAUAACAACAUAAGACAGGAAAACAUCACAUCCUUUAGGGUUAGAAAACUGAACCAAUUUAAACGCCGUUAUUCUCCCCACCCCAACGACCCCCGCCCCGAGCGAAUGCUGUUAUAACUGGUUUAUCACUGCUCCCCUCCCCCUCCACACCUUUCUUUUUCUCCUCUUACCCAGCUUCUCAUACCACCCUUUCUUCCUUUUCCUCCUCCUCCCGUCCUCCUUCCCCCUCCUUUUCUCUUAAGUUAGUUCAAGAAAUCAAAUCUGUCUGGACGGGCGGAAAAAUGCCACUUCCCGACUAGCAGGCGGAAUCCAGCCCAGAUUUUCAGUCCUUUCUGCUUCUUCUUUCUUCCCUUUCACUAAUUUAUCCCGAUGUUAGCACAUUCUGUCUUGUUACUAGCGGACGCCUGUAGGUUUGCUACAUGGGAUCAUUACUUACUGAUCACGGUGACUCUGAAGUCUGGAACUGAAGGCGGAAUGAGAAGUUGGGAAAACUUUUUUCUCUAAGCUCUCUCUCUUUUUUAAAACUAUUAUUCUCGAUGCUUGUUAAGAGGAAAAAAAGCCCUUGGUGCUUCUGUUGUGAAUGUGAAACAUUAUCUUCCAGCUGUACAGUGACACAUUUUUUUAAGGAGAAAAGGACUCCUGAUCUGUUUGCCAAAAGGGGGGUGGGGAGGUGGAAUAAUGUUAUCGAGUGAUUAUUCUGGCUGAGAUGUGUUAUUUGGUUUCUUCCUUCUUGAUCAUUUGGUGUUUAAGUAAAAUGAGGCACAGGCUUGUUUGCCGAGUGGAGUGGGAAAGGCAUUUUGAUUUGCUGGCCUAAUUAAAAUAUGAUAAAGGAUUAAAGGUAAGCGAUGUCUGUGUGUGUGCGUAUGUAUAUUUAUUAUUAUUUUUUUCUUGACAAUCAACUGUUAAAAGGGGGCUGAUCCCUUUAAAAACCGUUUUAACUGAUCUUUGUCAAACACACGCUCAUUUGCGGUCAUUGAGGCCACCUUGGCGCAGAUCACUUAAAGUGUAUGUCUUAAUCAGUUUCCUGUACAGUCAGCACCAUAUUUAACAGACUGAGCAAUUCUGUGACCUAGGAAUAUGGUAGAAUUGUUUAGAUGUAUUUUUUUUUUCUCUCAAAAGGCAGAUGUUUAACCUUUUAUUUAACACUGUCUUUUCCACAGAGAAAUGCUCUUAAAGACGUGUGUGUAUUUCAAAAUCUUUGUAAACUGUAUGGGGAAAAGAGGAUGGGAGGGAGUUGUGUGUAUGUGGUGGGGGUAUACUGGUCGUUUUUUCUGUUCCUUACUGGGAACAAAAACCAGAUUGCCCAGACAAUUUGUAAGAAGUAAUAAAAUUAGAAAUAAGGAAAAUUUAGGCAGCGGCAUUUUCAAAACUAGCCUUAGAGAACUUCCAUGGUCUGGUCUUUUAAAUGGCAAGAUCUAGGAGAUGUUUAGGGAUGUUUAAAACCGUGUUCCUCACUGUCUUCUAAGUAUUCAGGCUGUGUUUCUGGGGUUGAGAUAUCACAUGUGCUAGAUAAAAAUCCUAAACUCUUUUUUUUUAAACCUCUUUGAACUUGAAUCAGGUCCUUAGACAGUUUAAUGCUUUUUAAAAAGUGAUUCUCUUUGUGUUGUUGAUAAAGGGAUUUUCUUUUUAGCUACUGUAAGAUGCUUACUGCCAUGGGUAUGUUUUUGGGGUUUGGUUAUUUUCCUUUAAACCUGAUAUUGGACUGUGGAGACAAUACAUGAGCCACUUUACUCCUCAUCCUUCCCUGUACCCCUUACUGACUCCCCAGUAUUAAUCGUUUUUUAUUCUGGUAACACCCAGACAAGAAAUAUUCGACUUUUCCCCCCUUCACAGGAAAAGGUGGACCUGGACUGAAGGGUGUAAAAUCCCUGGACACAUUCCUGGGGCAGGAAAAAGAAGAGGAAGAUUAGAAGAUUCUUUUUUUUUUUUUUCUUUAAGAGAGCCCAGCGGAGCUAAACGAAUGUCCCCUCAUCUCCAAAGGAAAGUUCAUCGGAUUUUUAUUCUAGAGAGCUCAUCUUCAGGAUGUCAGUGAACAUUUCUACUGCAGGAAAAGGUGUGGAUCCAAAUACGGUUGAUACUUAUGACAGUGGCGAUGAUUGGGAAAUCGGGGUUGGAAAUUUAAUAAUUGAUUUGGACGCUGAUUUGGAGAAGGACAGACAGAAAUUUGAGAUGAAUAAUUCCACCAACACCACUAGCAGCAGCAACUCUAAGGAUUGUGGAGGUCUGGCCUCCAGUGGGGCAGGUACUACCACAGCCUUAGCUGAUGGCCUAAAAUUUGCUUCUGUUCAGCCCUCUGCUCCCCAGGGGAAUUCACACAAAGAGACCAGCAAAUCAAAAGUGAAAAGGAGUAAAACUUCUAAGGAUGCUAAUAAAUCUCUGCCUUCUGCUGCCUUGUAUGGGAUUCCCGAGAUCAGCAGCACUGGCAAGAGGCAGGAAGUCCAAGGGCGCCCUGGAGAGGCAACUGGCAUGAAUUCAGCACUGGGUCAAAGUGUGAGCAGUGGCGGCGGCGGCAACCCAAACAGCAAUAGUACCAGCACCGGCACCUCCGCUGUCACCGCGGGGGCAGCCUCCUGUGGGAAAAGCAAAGAGGAGAAGCCAGGUAAAAGCCAGAGCAGCCGAGGAGCCAAACGGGAUAAGGAUGCGGGGAAAUCCAGGAAGGACAAGCACGACCUGCUUCAGGGCCACCAGAAUGGCAGUGGCGGCCAGGCCCCCUCCGGGGGGCACCUCUAUGGCUUUGGGGCCAAGAGCAAUGGAGGUGGCACGAGCCCCUUCCACUGCGGGGGCACUGGGAGUGGCAGCGUCGGCGCUGCAGGGGAAGUUAGCAAAAGUUCCCCGGAUUCAGGGCUCAUGGGAAACUCUAUGUUGGUAAAGAAGGAAGAGGAGGAGGAAGAGAGCCACAGGCGAAUCAAGAAACUGAAAACUGAGAAGGUUGACCCCCUGUUUACAGUGCCGGCGCCGCCACCACCGAUUUCCAGCAGUCUCACGCCUCAGAUUCUGCCCUCCUACUUUUCCCCAUCUUCAUCCAAUAUUGCAGCACCGGUUGAACAGCUUUUGGUUCGGACUCGUUCUGUGGGUGUCAAUACGUGUGAAGUCGGAGUAGUGACAGAGCCAGAGUGUCUUGGGCCCUGUGAACCUGGGACCAGUGUGAAUUUGGAAGGGAUCGUGUGGCAUGAAACAGAAGAAGGUGUCCUAGUGGUCAAUGUUACAUGGAGGAAUAAAACUUACGUGGGGACCCUGCUGGACUGCACCAAGCACGACUGGGCCCCUCCCAGGUUUUGUGAGUCACCGACAAGCGACCUGGAGAUGAGAGGGGGCCGGGGCAGAGGCAAGCGAGCACGGUCCGCUGCAGCUGCCCCGGGCUCGGAGGCCAGCUUCACAGAGUCCAGGGGGCUGCAGAACAAGAACAGAGGGGGCGCCAAUGGGAAAGGGAGGCGGGGCAGUCUCAACGCCAGUGGCCGAAGGACCCCCCCAAAUUGUGCUGCCGAGGACAUCAAAGCCAGCCCCUCUUCCACCAACAAAAGGAAAAACAAGCCUCCGAUGGAGCUGGACCUGAACUCCAGCUCUGAGGACAGCAAACCUGGGAAGCGUGUCCGCACAAAUUCUCGAAGCACUCCCACCACCCCUCAAGGAAAACCAGAGACUACUUUUUUGGACCAAGGCUGCUCUUCUCCAGUGUUAAUUGAUUGUCCCCACCCAAACUGCAACAAAAAGUACAAGCACAUUAACGGCCUGAGGUACCACCAGGCUCACGCACACUUAGACCCAGAAAACAAGCUGGAGUUCGAGCCUGACAGUGAGGACAAGAUCUCAGACUGCGAGGAAGCAUUGAGUAACGUGGCCCUCGAAUGCAGCGAGGCAAGCACAAGUGUAUCGACUUAUGACCAGGUGAAGACACCAGCAUCCCCUGGCUCUGGGAACCCCCCUGGGACUCCAAAAGGAAAGAGAGAGCUUAUGAGCAAUGGCCUGGGUUCUAUUGUCAGCUCUAAAGCUGGGAAGAAUUCUGGCAAAAAGAAGGGCCUGAACAGUGAACUGAACAACCUUCCGGUAAUCUCCAAUAUGGCGGCUACUUUGGACAGUUGCUCUACAGCAGAUGGCAAUUUGGUUGCUGAAAUGCCCAAACUGGAGGCAGAAGGAUUAAUUGACAAGAAAAACUUGGGAGAAAAAGAAAAGGGCAAAAAAGCAAACAACUGCAAAAUGGACAAAAAUCUUUCUAAACUUAAAGCUGCCCGGCCUAUUGCCCCUGCUCCAGCCCCCACGCCCCCACAGUUAAUUGCGAUACCUACUGCAGCCUUUACAACCACCACCACGGGGACAAUACCCGGCCUGCCCUCCCUCACGACGACUGUUGUUCAGGCGACACCAAAGAGUCCUCCAUUGAAACCCAUUCAGCCAAAGCCCACAAUUAUGGGAGAGCCCAUCACUGUAAACCCAGCUCUUGUGUCACUCAAAGACAAAAAGAAAAAGGAGAAGCGAAAGCUAAAGGACAAAGAAGGGAAAGAGACGGCAAGCCCAAAAAUGGAUGCUAAGCUGGGGAAGCUAGAGGACUCCAAGGGGACUGGGAAAGAUUUGUCUGGACAUUUUUUAAAGGACCAUCUCAACAAGAAUGAAGGGCUGGCUAAUGGACUGUCAGAGUCUCAAGAGAGCCGAAUGGCUAGUAUCAAAGCUGAAGCUGAUAAGGUUUACACUUUCACAGACAAUGCCCCCAGCCCUUCAAUAGGGAGCGCCUCAAGAAUGGAAUGCAGCACUUUGGUGAAUGGGCAGGCGCCAAUGGCCCCACUGCAUGUGUUGACACAAAAUGGGACAGAGAGUUCAGUGGCAAAGACGAGCAGCCCUGCCUAUUCGGAUAUAUCUGAUGCCGUGGAUGAUGGUGGUUCUGACAGCAGGUCGGAGGGCAUGAGGUCAAAGGCCAGUUCUCCAGCAGAUAUUAUUUCUAGUAAGGAUGGUGUUGUUAUCAAAGGGCAUUCUUCAACUACAGCCCAGUCAUCUCAAAUGAAAGAGUCCCAUUCUCCCUAUUACCAUGGGUAUGAUCCUUAUUAUUCUCCAAGUUACAUGCACCCUGGACAGGUCGGCGCCCCUGCAGCUGGCAACAGCGGGAGUACACAGGGAAUGAAGAUCAAGAAGGAGUCUGAGGAAGAUGCUGAGAAGAAAGACAGGGCAGAGCAGUUAGAGUCUAAGAAAGUGGACCAUAAUUCUGCCUCCUUACAGCCUCAGCACCAGUCAGUGAUCACACAAAGACACCCUGCCCUGGCUCAGUCCCUGUAUUACGGCCAGUAUGCCUAUGGGCUCUAUAUGGACCAGAAGUCCCUGAUGGCCACCAGCCCUGCCUACAGACAGCAGUAUGAGAAGUACUAUGAGGACCAGAGGCUGGCAGAGCAGAAAAUGGCCCAGGCUGGGAGAGGAGACUGUGAAAGGAAAAGUGAUCUCCCUUUGAAGGAGCUGGGCAAGGAGGACAGUAAGCAGAAAAACAUGCCAUCGGCCACAAUCUCAAAAGCUCCCUCUACUCCGGAGCCUAACAAAAACCAUUCUAAACUAGGGCCAUCAGUGCCUAAUAAAACUGAGGAGACAGGUAAAUCGCAGCUUCUCUCCAAUCACCAGCAGCAGCUUCAGGCCGACAGCUUCAAAGCUAAGCAGAUGGAAAACCACCAGCUUAUUAAGGAGGCUGUAGAAAUGAAAUCUGUCAUGGACUCUAUGAAGCAGACAGGUGUAGACCCAACCUCGAGAUUUAAACAAGAUCCAGAUUCAAGGACAUGGCAUCAUUAUGUAUACCAGCCCAAAUACCUGGAUCAGCAAAAGUCAGAAGAACUUGAUAGAGAGAAAAAAUUAAAAGAGGAUAGCCCCAGGAAAACUCCUAAUAAAGAGAGUGGUGUGUCCAGCCUUCCUGUAUCAUUAACAAGCAUCAAAGAGGAGCCUAAAGAGGCCAAGCGUCCCGAUUCUCAGUCAAUGGAAGAGAAUAAGCUGAAAAACGAUGACCGGAAGACGCCUGUGAACUGGAAGGACUCUCGGGGAACAAGGGUGGCUGUCUCCUCACCCAUGAGUCAGCAUCAGUCAUACAUACAGUACUUGCAUGCUUAUCCUUACCCACAGAUGUAUGACCCCAGCCACCCUGCAUACCGCGCUGUCUCUCCCGUGCUAAUGCACAGCUACCCUGGAGCCUAUCUCUCUCCAGGAUUUCAUUAUCCUGUUUAUGGGAAGAUGUCAGGGAGAGAAGAGGCAGAGAAAGUCAAUACCAGCCCUAGCAUCAGCACGAAAACCACCACUGAAUCGAAAGCACUGGAUUUGCUCCAGCAGCACGCCAACCAGUACCGCAGCAAGUCUCCUGCCCCUGUGGAAAAGGGUACCACCGAGCGGGAACGGGAAGCAGAAAGGGAAAGGGAUCGCCAUUCCCCCUUCGGCCAGCGGCACCUGCAUACACAUCACCACACCCACGUUGGCAUGGGCUACCCACUCAUCCCUGGUCAAUAUGACCCUUUUCAAGGCUUGACCUCUGCUGCCCUAGUUGCCUCUCAGCAGGUGGCUGCCCAGGCAUCUGCAUCAGGAAUGUUUCCUGCACAAAGAAGGUAA